AUGCGGCCAUCGUCCUGGGCACUGGGCGUCAUCGCCAUUGCCUUCGCGAUGAUGAUCGUCAUCACUGAUGCAAAAGACGGGACGCAUCGCGAGAAGAGCAUAGACGAAGAGCGUCAGGGUCGGUACAACCCCGAAGCGAACUCCACGUCGAACUGCACGACGGAGACUUCGGAAUACGAGAACAUAACCGAGAUCAUCGACGGAAUGGCGUCGAUUAUCUCGAUGGAGAGGGACGAUCACGAGCCAUCGGACAUUCGCACCCAGGAGAAUCUAAGCACCCCCCAAAACGAGGUGGUCCACCCCCGCGUUUCGCAGAGGAGAAAUCUGUACGCGGACGAACCCGAUUCGUCGACUAAGAGGGUGCCUCCGGAGGAUCACGAGCCGAUCAGGGAUCCUCCACCUUCCGGGACUCCUCCGAAAAGUUCCUUGGGGACAAACGACGCCCUCAAGAAUUACGAUGGGCGCGGAGCGGUUCCGGCCGCCGCCCUGAAGAGCGAUAACCCGGAGGUUUCCGGACCAGGGGGAACGAACCCCGACGAGGCGUCCUGGACAGCGACGCCGGGUCGUAACGUAGACAAAGCCGACGGCACUAAAAUCGAGGGGAUGAACGACGAGACCCCGACGACGACCGGCAGCUCCAGGGCGGAGAGUCCGAGUCCGAAUCUGGAAACGCGACCCUUGAAGUCGAUCCUGACCCCCGACGGGGGUCAUAGAGUCGUGGGGGACAUCGAGGCGAUCUCCUUUAAGGUGCCCACCCCCGAAGAUGCUGUCGAAGACGUCGCGCUCUCGAAGAACCUUAAUGUGCCCGGGAACUCCCUGGGGGAUCGUCAGGACGCCAAAGACAAACCCGGGUCUUCCAAUAGUCUCCUCAAUCCGAAGUCCACGAAGGCCUUCUACGAGAUCAAGCCGUCCUUAAAUCAUCCCGUGACGCAGAAGCCGGAGAAACACGAGACCAGCUCCCACAGGAACGUGGGGAGGUUCUUCUUGCCAGGAGUCGCCAGCGGGGCCGGGAGGUACGGUCCGUAUUUCGAGGAUGGCGAGGAAGAGAGGAACGUUACCGCCAGGAUUGGCAGCACCGUUCUCCUGGACUGCAACAUUGCCAUGCUGGGAGAUAAAAAGGUUACGUGGGUGCAGGAAAAGGAAGACUCCUUUCGACUCUUGACUGUUGGAAGGACACCGUACAGCGUCGACCAAAGAGUCAGUCUAAAUUUUCGAUAUCCCAGCAACUGGAGAUUGCAGAUCAUGUACGCGACUCUGCGGGACUCCAGUUUGUACAAAUGCCAAGUCGCUACCCACCCCCCAUUGAUUAAGAAGAUUAACGUAAUCAUCACCGCUCCCACAUUGACGAUAGUGGACGAUUCCGGAAGAAUAGUGUCAGGGGAGAGGCAUCUGAAAGCUGGAAGUGCUUUGCGUUUGCUAUGCGAGGCCAGAGACGUGCUGGAGAGUCAGAACGAGUCCGUCGUGUGGACCAGAGGAGACGAGACGCUAACGGAAGACGUCAGUGAAAACAAGACAACGGAGAUGAUGUCCGGCAAAAAGGUGCAGGUGAUCGUCAGCACCGUCACCGUCGAAAGAGCAACCCCGAAGCACGCCGGCAACUAUAGUUGCAUGGUGCCCGGAAGAGCCAGGACCACCGUGGCUGUCCACGUCCUUAACGGGGAACUGCCGGCUGCUGUACAUGACGGCAAUGGUGUAUCGCGAGCAGUCCUCAAUCUUUGGCUGAUCCAUCUCACCGUGAGCUACGUCUUCUCCAGAUGA